AGACAGAGUUCCGAUUGUGAUAAAUGGUAUGAAAGGGUCGGCGUAUCUCAUCAAACAAUAUCUCCUCAAAUCGGAAGUUCCGCCGCAAACGCUUCUCACAGCAUUCGCCAGGGGGAUGAAUCACAGUAGCAAUGAAGUGAAGCAAGCGGUUGCCAUUUCGACCACUUUUAUCUCGAGAACGAGUGAUGUAAGCAUUCCUCCGGUUCUCUUCAAGACAUUGGUUCCACUUCUGGUGAACGGAACAAAAGAGAAGAAUUCAAUGGUUAGGGCUAACAGUGAACACGCAUUAGUGGCGUUCCUGAAGCUGAGAGCGGGUGAUGAGGUGCUGCAGACGUGUCUGUCGGCACUGGAUUCGGGUGCUGUUGAGUCACUACAGGACUGCAUCAAUAAGACACUGAAGAAGAUCGCAGCCCAACAGCACGAGCCUAAGGAAGAGGAGUUCGACGACUCCCUACUUAUA